GUUUUUCCAACCCUAAGUCACACUGUUGACAAAAAUCUAGGCCGGAUUGAGCAGAAUCUUCAAAAGUUAUUUUAUGAGAUUGGCCAUAGGAUAUCGGGAAGCAGGCAGUGACUAGAAGAAGACACUAAACCUUGCGCUAUCAUUACACCGUAAUAUCCCGCAGCGGGAGCAGCUUGAACCGCCAUGUCCGCGUUCACUGAGUCGGCGCUCCUCAAGAAGCUGGCGGAGCUGAACAGCAGCCAGCAGAGCAUCCAGACGCUGUCCUUGUGGCUGAUUCACCAUCGCAAGCAUAGUGCGGCAAUCGUGAAGACCUGGCAGCGGGAGCUGGAGAACGUGUCGGAGCCCAUGAAGAAGCUUACGUUCAUGUAUCUAGCCAACGAUGUCAUUCAGAACAGCAAGAAGAAGGGGCCGGAGUACGGCAAGGAAUUUAGCCAUGUGCUUGCCAAAGUCUUCACCCACAUAGGCGAGAAAUGCAGUACGGAAAAGCUGCUCGGUAGCUUGGGCCGUAUCCUCACCAUCUGGCUGGAGCGGGGUGUUUACGAUCCCAAGGUAAUAGCCGAUUGGCGGUCGCGCCUUAACCGGGAAGGAAGCAGCAGCGGCAGCAGCAAUGGUGGCAAGUCCAAUGGAGAAUCACACAAAACGGAGACAAAGGAGUCCAAGAGGGAGGAGAAAUCAGAGCGACGCGAGAAGCGUAAGCAUGAGGAUCGUCACUCCAAGUCAAAGCGUCAACGGCAUCAUCACCAGAGCAGCAGUGGUAGCUCCUCCAAUAAUGCCUCAGUUGCUGUGGAUGACGACGUCGUUGCGGAGCAGCAGGAGAACGGACACACGCCACCAUACCUGCCACUGGGUGAACCACCAGAGCCCGAGGAGCUAAUCAAGGCCCUAACCAGUAUCGAGAACUCCGCCUCCAGCGAUGCGGUGGUUCGCGAGCGGAUUGCCAAGCUGCCCCAGGAAAUAUCAGAGAUUAGCUGCAUCAGCAAAUUGGAGGAUAAGGAUAAGGCCAAGGCUCUGGCCCUGCAGGUCAACGAAGCUGUGGAUCUGCUCAACGAAUAUAAUGCUCGACUAGCGGCCGAAAUGGAGGAACGAACAAAACUGGCCACCAUGCUACGUGACUUUCAGGCAGAGCAGAAGGAGCUGCUGUCACAGGCAGAGCAACGCCUCGAUGAACACAAGAAGAAGCUGGCCAAGAUGCUGGGUCUGCAGAAGGAGAUACACGACCAUCUCUCCAACCUGCCCGAUCUGACACAACUGCCGGAUGUGACCGGUGGGCUGGCGCCCCUGCCCUCCGCUGGCGAUCUCUUCAACGCCUUGCACUGAUAACAGCCGCGGAAGCAGGAGCUACCUAAAGUCAACCCUAGAGUUUAUAAAAUUAUACAUAUAUAUUUGCAAUUGUCCCCCGUAUACACACCCUGUCCUAUGCCCACAUUUACUAAUUGUAAUCCCACAAACACACGCAUGACUCCCACUAAUGACGGUUAAAUAGAGCAUAUAAUCGCAAGCAAUAA